GUGGGCGUGGCUAUCCGCUUACCCCCAGCCCCAGGUUACCACGAUCUCCCCGGUCGCCAAGUUCUCCCCGGUCUCCACGGACCUCGCGGCCCCGCGACCCUAGGCCAUGGCCCCCGCGGCCGCCAGCCCCCCGGAGGUAGUCCGUGCGGCGCAGAAGGACGACUACUACCGUGGCAGGCUGCGGAGCGCGGCGGGCGGCGCCCUGCACAGCCUCGCGGGUGCGAAGAAGUGGCUGGAGUGGAGGAGAGAGAUUGAGCUGGUGUCGGAUGUCGCCUACUUUGGCCUCACUACACUGGCAGGCUACCAGACCCUCGGGGAGGAGUAUGUCAGCAUCGUGCAGGUGGACCCGACCCAGGGCCGAGUGCCCUCGAGGUUGCGCCGCGGGGUGCUGGUGGCGCUGCACACCGUCCUGCCCUACUUGCUGGACCAGGCCCUGCUCCACGUGGAGCACGAGCUGCAGGCCGAUGGCGGCAGCGCCCGGGGCCCGUCGGGGGCCAGGCGCUGGAUGCGCCAGCGCUCGGCCGCCCUGACGGAGCAGCAGCAGGGGGCGCUCCUGCGCGCUGUGUCGGUGCUCAGGCAGGGCCUCAGCUGCCUCCAGCGCCUCCACGUCGCCUGGUUCUACAUCCAUGGCACCUUCUACCACCUGGCCAAGAGGUUCACAGGCACCACCUACCUCCGUGUCCACCACCCGCUCGAAGAGGACCCUCGGGCCCGUGCCAGCUACAGGCUGCUGGGGCUCGUGUCCCUGCUGCACCUGGCACUGGCCGCAGGCCUGCAGCUCUACGGCUUCCGGCAGAGGCAGCGCGCCCAGAGGGAAUGGAGGCUGCAGCGUGGCCUGUCCCACCGCAGGAGCUACGCAGAGGAGAGAGCAGUUUCCAGAACCUCGCUCUGCACCCUGUGCCUGGAGGAGCGCAGGUACUCGACGGCCACGCCCUGCGGCCACCUGUUCUGCUGGGGCUGCAUCACCCACUGGGCCGACACCAAGAUGGAGUGUCCCCUCUGCAGGGAGAAGUUCCUCCCCCAGAAGCUGGUCUACCUGCGGCACUACCGCUGACCCGACGAAGGGAGGAGCCCAGGAGUCUUGCCUGACGUCAGGAGGAAGUUUAUUUUCAAGGUUGACAAGUUGACUUUACUUGCACAGAAAUCGUGAAACUCUCAAGUUUUUUAUCCUUUGUCACAUAAGGUACCGUGCCAGCCAUCAGGGAGGACAGGCGCUGGACCUGGACCUGGCCGUGAAAUGGCUUCAGGGCAGGUUGGGCAGGGCCUGCAGGGCUGCCAGCCAGAUAGCCCAGCACUUAAACAGAACUUUCCUCCCUUCUCCAAACCGGUCAUUUGUAUCCAACGCCAGGCACACAGCGAGGGCGGGGCCUGGCGGGCCGGGACCGAGCGGUGUGCCUUCCCAGCGAGGUCAGUCUUCCAGCCCAAAUGAUCCACGAGUCUUAGCCCUUGUCACUGGAGCUGGCUUUUGGGGCAAGGGGACACAGCCCUUCCCGGAAAGGACCGAGAUUGCCCCCUAACACAUUUGGCAGGUGCCUUGUAAUGAAUGUCAAGUUUGUUUCCCGUUUUAGAAAGUGGAGAGCUUCCCUGGUGACGCAGUGAUUAAGAAUCCGCCUGCCAAUGCAGGGCACAUGGGUUCAAGCCCUGGUCCGGGAAGAUCCCACAUGCCGCGGAGCAACUAAGCCCGUGCACCCCAGCUACUGAGCCUGCCCUCUAGAGCCCGUGAGCCACGACUACCGAGCCCACAUGCCACAACUACUGAAGCCCACGCGCCUAGAGCCCUUGCUCCACGAGAAGCCACCACAAUGAGAAGCCCACGCGCCGCAACGAAGAGUAGCCCCUGCUCGCCGCAAUUAGAGAAAGCGUGCGCGCAGCAACAAAGACCCAACGCAGCCAAAAAU